CAGAAGACGCUUACCGCUUUUCAAGUCACUUCGAACCGAGCGUGCGCGCUGCGCGAACACGAAUCGCGAAAACCAGAAAACGAAAAAUCACUAUCACCUUAUUAAUUAUUACUUAGAUUAAUAAAAUAAAAUGGUAUAAUAUUCACACACAUCAUAAAUAAAAUUCGUUAAAGGGUUGUAAAAGUCCUCUGGAGUGAAAGUUUAGUUAAGUGACUUUUAUUUUUGGGAUUUUGUGUUUUUUCUAACAAGAUUAACACAACAAGUGGUGCGUUAUUUCCUCGACAAGAUGGCGUCCAAUGCAACGAAGAAUGCUAUGUCACUCUUGGACUACUACAAUUUUGUCUUCACUGAUCUAUCCGACAGGAGAACAAAUCACUGGUUCCUGAUCAGUUCCCCGCUUCCCGGUUUAACUUUGAUUUCUCUUUAUUUGUUCUUUGUUAAUUCAUGGGGCCCACGAUUCAUGAAGAACCGCAAACCCUUCGAGUUGAAGCACACGCUCAUAGUUUACAAUCUUUUUCAAGUGUUAGUCAGCAGCUACUUGUUUUAUUUGGGUUUAACGAAAGCAUGGCUCACAAAAUAUAGUUGGAAGUGUGAGCCGGUUGACUUUUCGGAGACUGAAGAAGCCCUUGAAGUUGCAACAGCCGUAUAUGUUUACUUUUUAGCCAAACUGACCGAAUUAUUGGAUACAGUGUUCUUUGUUUUGCGUAAGAAGGACAGACAGGUGACAUUUUUGCAUUUGUAUCAUCAUACUGUUAUGCCCAUGAUCAGUUGGGGUGCUACCAAAUAUUUCCCUGGAGGACACGGAACUUUUAUUGGUUUUAUCAACUCUUUUGUACAUAUUAUUAUGUACACUUAUUAUUUGCUAGCGGCGUUAGGUCCGCAUCUACAGAAAUAUCUGUGGUGGAAGAAGUACAUUACUACUUUGCAACUUUUGCAGUUUUGUAUUGCGUUCAUUCACUCUAUGCAACUUCUCUUCUACGACUGCGGCUAUCCACGUUGGUCGACAUGUUUCACGAUGCCGAACGCCAUCUUCUUCUAUUACCUCUUCUAUGAUUUUUAUAACAAAGCCUACUCUGCUGAAGAUAAACAACGAGCUCUAGAAAGAAAGAACGGAUAUGCCAAUGGUGAUCAACCGAAAGAGAAUGGAUUCGCUGCGAUGGGUAACGGACGCGAAGGGGAUAAAAAAAGACAAUAAAUAUACCACAGACACGUUAUACGCUAUUAAAAUGGCGUCUUCACAUUCGAUACUAUGAGUAUUUAUUAUUUAAGCAAAUGUUUGAAUAUUGUUACACGAUCACUAGUUACCAAUAAUUAUAAUUCCGAGAAUUUUGCAAUUUAAUGAUAAGUUUAAUUGUUUACAUAUAAGUUUAGCGUUAGUAAACACAGUCGGUACAGAAAUACACUUAAUUUGCUCAGUUAUUACUUAAAGUAAAUGUAAUUAAAUACUAAUUGAAAUUAAACUCUAAAAACAUUCAUACCCGUGGAAAAUAUUGACAAGUGUAUUAAAUCUUAGCUAAAAAAGUAAAUUCAUAUAAUUAUGCAAUUUGCAUCGUUUGUUAUGACUUAUGAGUGUAAUUAUAUAUAAAAUGACUGUCAAUAAACAGGAACAAUGAUUAGUAACAA